CAGGCUCCUAUAUAACAGGCUGAGCCAGGUGCCUCUUACACUGUUUUCUGGAGAGGAAUAAAAUACCAGUGACACCAUGAAUAAGCUACUGGUCAUUACUGUGCUGGUUGCACUUCUCUCUCUCAGUGCUGAAAGCUUCCGCAUGCCGAGGCAGGCUGAGGCUGUGGAGGAGGAGGAGGAGGUAGGGACCCUGACAAAGGUCUCAGGCACCAUCAAGUCCUACUAUAAUGAUGCUGUCAACACUGCCAGUGGUUACCUGGACAGCAUCAGGGGACUGAAGAUUGAGGAGAAGGCAAAGAAUUUUUACACUGAAGCUACCUCAGUCAUUACCACCUACGCUGGCAUUUUUAACGACCAGAUAUACCACAUGUUGUACCAGAAGUGAACAAAAACUGAUUUCCAAUGACCUAAGCCACAUUUUCUGACAGCGUGAGAACUUUGAAGCUCCACACGAAACAGUCUGAACUUGGACACAUCUCAUCUCACCCAAGUCUCCAAAUCUACAAACAGCAUUUUCACAAGUGAUGGACCCUGUGCUCUUUGUGGUGCUGUCUUGGACCACUGCACUGAUAGUAAAUGAUGAUAACUACCUAGCGGGGACUAUAAUCACUGAAAAAAACAUCUAACAGCUUGCAUAAAGGAACAGGACAGAGCAACUUGGCGGGCUCAAGCGAAACAGCCCGCCAAGCCCCUGUCCUAAGCCCCUUAUCAUGAAUAAAUACAUUGCUCCCUUGAUCUCAGAGUUGAGAAAAAAACAGCCAUGAAAAUAAUGUGAAAACAAAUGAUCUAUCGCCACCUGUUGGUGAUUUCAGUCAUCACACCUCCUAAAUAUUUGUGUCAUAUGAAAUAAAAUAUUUAUACAUUAAAA